AUGCAUUGCAAGCUUGUCCUCGCUCUGUUUUCUGCGGCCACAGUCGCAGCCGUUGUUGUCCCGAAAGACGACUCGGCCGACGCUGCCUCUUCCGGUACCACUACACCAGUCGCCGGAAAGGACUACUUCGCCGACGAGGACUGCCGGUGGUACGGCACGGCUCCUAUCUGCGAGGGCUCCUGCCCGCCUGGCUGGCGUUUCGUGCAACGGGAGAAGCUGAAUUGCUGGACCGGCAGAAAGGUCUACUGCUGCAGACAGUGA